AAGUGCGGAGAAACUGGUGCGCUUUUUCAGUUGAAUUGGGUCCUUUUGGCGUUAAUGGGAAACUGUGAUAAGUUUAUUUCAACAUAGUGGCUAAUAGUUUGCGAGGCGACACGUUGCAUCAUUGAAAAUGCCCCGAAGAAAGAGGGCCACAGGAAGCAGCUCCGACGGGACGGAAGACUCGGAUUUUUCCGCCGAUCUCGAGCACGCCGACGUCCCCGAGAACGCGCACAGGCGCAGCAGCACGCGCUUGACUCGCGCGUCAUUGCGCCUGAGUCAGAGCUCACAAGAUAACUGCAGUUCUCCUGUUGGUGUGGGUCCUAAUGAAGCUCAGGAUUCAGCAGCAGAUUCUGCAGCAAUGAUGGCAGCAUCUGUCUUCUCCUCUGGACGCAGGAUCACACGUAGCCAGCAGGGAGCGACAAACCCCACAGGCAAAAAAUAUCCACUGCGUCAGAGCAGGUCAUCAGGCUCUGAUACUGAAGCCAAUGCAGACCUGAAGCACGGAGCAGACCGGGAUGAGACCCCUCCUCGCACCCCAACAGGCAAUGCCCCAUCCUCUGAGUCAGACAUCGAAGGUUCAAGCCCCAUUAAUGACCUUGUGUCUUCAAGCAAUGAUGUUGUAGUUUCACAGGAGGAGGAUGAGAGAUUGGCCAAAGAGUUAUCCCUUAAAGAAGCUGCAGCCCACGACCUUUCUCACCGUCCCAAACGACGACGCUUCCAUGAGAGCUACAACUUUAACAUGAAGUGUCCAACACCUGGGUGUAACUCACUUGGUCAUCUAACAGGAAGACACGAGAGACAUUUCUCCAUAUCAGGAUGUCCUUUAUAUCACAACCUCUCUGCUGACGAAUGCAAGACAGUGUUGAUGUUUUGUCAGGGCAAAGUAUCAACUCGCGACAAACAAGCUGAGGAAAGGACACUGUCUCACCGUCAGGACGAAAACAGACACUCCACAAGAAACCAGGCUCCGACAGAUCGGCAGCUGCGCUACAGAGAGAAGGUGACAGAGCUAAGAAGGAAGAGGAACACUGGUCUUAAUAAGGAACAGAAGGAAAAGUACAUGGACCACCGCCAAAGCCAUGGAACAAGCCGUGAACCACUGCUGGAGAACAUCACCAGUGACUAUGACCUGGAGCUGUUCAGGAAAGCGCAGGCACGUGCUUCGGAGGACCUUGAGAAGCUCCGUCUGGCAGGCCAGGUGUCGGAGGGUAGCAAUAUGAUAAAGACCAUUGUGUUUGGUCGCUAUGAGCUGGAUACGUGGUACCAUUCUCCAUACCCAGAGGAAUAUGCCCGCCUGGGCAGACUCUACAUGUGCGAGUUUUGCCUGAAGUAUAUGAAGAGCCAGACCAUCCUGCGCAGGCACAUGGCCAAGUGUGUUUGGAAGCAUCCUCCAGGUGAUGAGAUCUAUAGGAAGGGGAACAUAUCUGUCUUUGAGGUGGACGGAAAGAAGAACAAGAUUUACUGUCAGAACCUGUGUCUGCUGGCAAAGCUCUUCCUGGAUCACAAGACGCUAUAUUACGACGUUGAACCCUUUCUCUUCUACGUUAUGACUGAAGCUGACAACACAGGAUGCCACUUAGUAGGAUAUUUCUCCAAGGAGAAGAACUCUUUCCUGAACUACAAUGUCUCCUGCAUUCUCACCAUGCCACAGUACAUGAGGCAGGGCUAUGGGAAGAUGCUAAUAGACUUCAGUUACCUUCUGUCCAAAGUGGAAGAAAAAGUGGGAUCACCAGAGCGCCCUCUGUCUGAUUUGGGCCUUAUCAGCUAUCGGAGUUACUGGAAAGAGGUGCUUCUGCGCUACCUGAACAAUUUUCAGGGCAAGGAGAUCUCCAUUAAAGAGAUAAGCCAGGAGACAGCGGUGAACCCAGUGGAUAUUGUUAGCACGCUGCAGUCCCUCCAGAUGCUCAAAUACUGGAAGGGAAAGCACCUUGUUUUAAAGAGACAGGACCUUAUUGAUGACUGGAAAGCCAAGGAGACCAAACGUGGCAACAGCAAGACCAUUGAUCCUACAGCCUUAAAAUGGACGCCACCUAAAGGGACGUAAAGGAGUUUCUUUUCAUACUCCGAAACACACACACACACAAACACAGACAAACCCUCCUCUGCACACUGGCAUGCUCACAGAACUAGAGCUUAGACUGUCAUGCACAAAAAUGCUUUACAGCACUGUGCAAUAUGUAUAGGGGAAGCCGUUAUUCUGGGUUCAAUCAGUCACCGUCAUGGCUCGAGAAAUUGAUUUCAGUGCAGGCAAACAAAAUAUAAAUAAUGUAAAAAAUGUCACAGAAACACAGUAAGCUCCAGACUGACUGUAAUUCAACAUACUGUGGGCUCAAAAUGCUAAACAAUACGAGUACAGAGCUGCCAGUGAAUGUCAAUCUACACAGGUUGGCUCUAUUAUUUCUGAAACCUCAUUUGUUAUCUGAAAAGUGAAAGUAAUUGAAGAUUGUUUUGUGCACUCCUGCACAAAUACUUCAUUAGCACAGACCACCAGGCACAUUAGAUAAUCCAAUCUGCGACUGCCAGUAUCAAACCUGGGCUGCGUUUCAUAGGGUUCUCCAGACGCAACGCAUUGAUUCAGUGUACAGACACAGAGCAGCUGGUAGUUAUUAUACACCACAAGCCCUAGACCUACAAUUCAUAAAGCAUCUAUGAAUAGGGGCCUUGACCUUGAUUGGACUGAGUAGAGAAUUCAUUGUCAAAGUGGAAUAGACAUAUUUUUGUUCCAAUAGAAAAUCUGGUUAAAAGGUUUUUAUAGUAAAUUCAGUAAUCAUAAAGUAAAAACUCUGUUACCUAAAAGAGAUGAAAUAUUACACUACAUCAGCAAAAUUUGGACAGGUUUGUGUUAAUGAUGCAGUACUUGUUGAGCUGCAGUAAAACACCUGAGACUGAACAGUGGCUGUUUGAAACCAGAACAAGUCAGUAAUCUUAAUAACAGAAUUCAGUAACCCUGCUUGUCUCAUCGUGUCUGGUAACCAUGUCACCAUUCAGAUGGUUAAACAUAAAGCUAUAGCUGCCAUUGGCCAUGUUCAUUUAAGAUCACCAGCACAGGGCCUUUUGUUGCCUUAGCGUCAGGAUGUCUGCACUUAUAUUCUAAUGUGGGAGCUCCCAAACCAGUGACGUUAACCAGUGUCCUUUGUGUUAGGAUAAAGUUCUCAAUAAUAUUUUCGACUUUUCCUACCUCUAAGGUUUAACCACUGUAUAAAAGUCAUAAUGGCCCAGUUUAAGCUUCUUUUCUUUUUGUUUGACCAUAAAUGAUUUUAAUAGAUUUUUUUAAAAAUGUGCCAUUAUAUUUUUUGAAUGGUAUGUUGACCUCAUAACACGUAAAAGACAAAGUCUGACAAAAAGAUGUUUACUCUAAAGGACUGACUUCCUACUGAUUAAUAGUAUUUAUCCUCAAAUUGCAUAUAGAGUUGUAUGAGUUAAGAAGUUGGGAAAAGGAUCCAGGGCACGUAACCCCAUUACUAACAAAUACUAAACUGGAGCCGUUGACAGUUCAGGGGGUUAUCUCCACCCAUCAAAAGUCCCAUAUAAUUCAAUCAAAAUGUAUUCAUUUUGCAAAUUAUCACAAUUUGUUCUCACUAUAAUUCAUGCUGUAGGCAGUUGGAAAGAUACAAGCACAAGCACUGUUUGUUAUCCAGUUAGCAUAGUCAGCAUGAUCCAUGAAAUAUUUGUUGCCCAUUUUUUUUAAUUUCAUUUUAGACGUUAUUUCAAUGACAAUCUACAUUCCGUGUAAAUUAUAUUAGAUCAGGUUAAUUCAAAAGCCAGCUUCAUGAAAGGAACAGCAUUUUGGGGAACUUGCAUAUCUGCUUUUCUACGUACUUAGUUUUGCGAGAGGUUGAUCUUUGUUUUACAUUAUUAGCAUAGAUCAACAGUUAAUCUAGCUCUGGGGCACAAUCCACCAAUAUGACCAUCAUUUAUUGUUUAUCUGCUGUUUGUAUGCGCAGAAUUGAAAAUGAUAAACUGCAGAUAUCAACCUCUGUGUUUACAAGGUUGCUUCCAAUAAUUCAGUUCAAUUCAGUUUUGAGCUACUUAUUGAUCAGCUUGAUCAAUAAGUAGUCUGUAAGGAAAAGGAUUUUAAAUUUUAUACUGCAUUUCACGUGGAAAAACAGAAACAGUUGUCCAGAACAAAAUAGAAGCUCCAGGGUUAUACACAGACAUUUUUAAGGACAGUGGCCCAAAACAAAAAAGGGCAGUUACUGUACCAAAUAUCCAAAUAAUAUACAUAGAACUUUUUUUAUAAUAAUCAUAAAAAGAUAUUACAAAUUAUGUUGAUAUUGGGGAGCUGGGGGAUGGAACCUCAGACCAAACUCUAACACUUUACCCAUUGAGCUACCAAGACUUACUUAAAAGUUUGAAAAUAGUAUAUUAUAUAAUAUAUGUAAAACAUAAUAUAUAUAAUUAGAUACACCUUCAGCUUACCAGCUUCAGCUUUUUAUUCAAAUACAUAAGUUUCCAUCAUCCAGCCACACUUUGGUCAGGCUUUGGUCAAAUAAUUAUCUUACCUGUAACUGGCUGAUCCCUCACUCUCUGACUCGUCCUCUGCCUCACAUUAAAUUAUGUGCAAUUUCUUAUUAUUGAUAUUACUCUACUUGUACACACGUGAAGGCACUCACGUCCAAAACAGACAAGGGAGACUUUUGAAGACUCAAAUGUUUCAUUACAAAACAAAAAAAAAAAGCAGUCAUCGAAGCAAGUCACUGUGUGACUGCUCGUGUUUGGGGGUGAGUGGGAAAUACCGGAGCGGAGUACAUGACAGAGACAGCGGCUGUUCGGGAAUGUAUGUUUCCCAAAGUGCCUGUAUUUUAAACAUUGUGAAUGAGGUGAAACUGAAGUUGGUCAUGAAGAAGCUUGGAGGGAUGGGCCCAACAUCCUUAGUUUUAAUCAACUUUUUUCAGCACAAAGGUUUCUUUUGUCACCAGCAUAAAGGUAAAACCAUUCUUUCCAUUCAUCAAAUAAAUUCUAAAGCUAUGUGCGUUUUUUUAUAUUUUGUAAUAUAAGAAAUGUUGCCUUUAAGUUUAUGGAGUUGAAUAUGUUGAGUUACUGUGUCUUUUUUUCUGCCAUUUUCUGUAUGUAAUGUGUGGUAUUUCACAUGUUCAUAAUCUACCUAAUCCUCUAGGUGAUCUUUAUGUGUCUCUUACAUGAUGAAGUGACCUAAUGAGUAACUGGCAGAAUGUUUGUGUAUCAACACAACUUGAUAAAUUUCAGAAAAUUCAAUUCACCUUUUUAGCACCAGUCCUUAAUAAACCUCUGAAAUGUGCCACUGAGCAAAAUCACUCAUGACUGAAGAGCAUCUUGAGCUGAGCUGUAGCCACUUCUCACGUGCAAUCAUGGAAAACUGCCCUUCUCAAAAAGAUUUCAAUAAAACCAGUCCAUCCAGAAACAUAGCCCUUGAUGAUGAUGGCAUUCUGUACAUAAACAGAGCAGUUUUGUUGUCAAGUGCACUUGAAUGAUGGAGGAGAUGCCUCUCUUUAAAUGAUCAGUAUCACACAUUUGGUUUUGGUUAUAGAGUCUCCAAGGCAAAGAGGAUGUGUGUCACUUGAAGAAAGUUAUUACAAAAUUUUCUUUCACACGGGAGCUGAAAAUCUACCUAAAUAUUAUUCUUGACAAAGAAGGACACAGUAAAAGUAGAGUUACAACAAUGUCAAGAAAGAUAUCAACAAAGGUCGAUGAUAUCUAAAGGUAUUUUGAGUGACUUUUUUGUGUUGAUACAGUUCAUUCGUGUUUUUUCAUCUUGUCCUCUGUGCCAGUGGCAGCUAUAGUUCAGGAAGCUCCAGAGCAGCUCGCUGGGUAUAAACACAUGUGAAUAGAAGGUUUCCACUCACAGUUACAUAGAAUCAGCACAUUCCAUCACCUUCUGCACUUGUAGACAAGUUGUUGUACUGCUACUUAUGUACACUACACACACAAAGCAGUAGCACACAAAAGUAGACUAGCAUUUACAUGUAGCUCGGUUGUGAUUUUGUGUUUGCCUCUGCCUCCUUCCUUCCUUCCUUCCUUCCUUCCUUCCUUCCUUCCUUCCUUCCUUCCUUCCUUCCUUCCUUCCUUCCUUCCUUCCUUCCUCUUCAAUAAAUACAAAUGGUGAGCUUCGCCUGGUGUAUUGUUGGUGUGUCACACGGCGGUGCUGAGUAAAUAAAGGCUGGUUUGGAUCUGG